AUGGUUGACGCUUAUCAUCUUUGACUGAAUGCUGCAGGAAUAUGUGAAAAACAGGGCACUUGCGUUAACUGUGGUGACAAUCGAUAUUCAUAUUAUAAAUGCUUUGCGGCAAAUGAAUGCUAUUCGGGAGAAAGAUGCACUGAUCGUGGAUUUUGUUGUCCGAUAUGGCAAGCUGAUGACCGAGCAUCACCAUCAGUCUCAGCACAAGCGAAAGAUAAUUCAAAUGAAUCCCAUUUCCGCGAACCACAAUGUCCGGAUGGAAGUAUGUGGCUUAGAAUCUGUUCGGAAGAUUCAGACUGCAUCUUUGCUGAUGACAUUUGCGCUGAAGGCAAAUGUUGCUCAGCUUGCAAUCAAAGGCGAAGACAAGUUCUCGACGGACUACCUACCAAUGAUGUGUUAGGAGUGCAUAUACCAUAUUGCGAAAUAGAUGGUCGACACUAUCGAGCUGCUCAAUGCCGAGCAGGAACAGAGGAAUGUUGGUGCGUCACCAUUUACGGACGAAUGAUUGGUGAAGUAAAGCUUAAAACACCGAAUCUGACAAGUACUUGUGAAAUCCUAAGGAAAUCAUUGGAAGAGCUAGUCGAAAAUGAACCAGUUUUUGAUCCAAUAGAGAAUUACGAAAUAAAGCCAGGGAUCAGAAGAAAAGAAAGUCUGAAGAUUAAAAAAAAGACGAAAAAUGAAUAUUCCAUAUUGAUUAUGACGAAGAAUGACAGCAGCAGUUAUCGUAAUUUAACUGGAACGGUGAGCGAAGUGAAACCUGGAUGCAGUAUUAUUAGGCCUGGAUACUGCAAUCUGAAUAAUCUGAAUAAGCCAAGUGAUACGUCGCACAAAUUAGGCAUUUUCGAAAAAUGUGAAUGCGAUCUGGAUUGUCCUGGUAAUAAAAAGUGCUGCAAAGAUGAAUCUGGAUGGACUUGUCAUGAGCCUAGUCCAAUAAGUCAAAGAAAUUUUUCAAAAUGGGAAGAAAAAUGUGGAAUUAAUGAAGUUUAUGUUGAUUGCUAUGAUCCAUGUCAACCGACCUGCUUAUCAUUACCAUUGUCUCCAUGUCCUCCAGAAAAUUGCACGCCAGGAUGUCAUUGCCGCCAAGGUCGUGAGCAGUUAAAUUCCCCUUAUCAAAGUCUCAUGAUCCUUACACUUCGAUUUUUCAGGAUUUAUUCGAAAAGGAAAAAUAUGCCACGACAGCUGUGUGAUGAAAAUUGUGUUGCAGGCUGCUUUUGCAAAAUUCCCUAUAUCGUUCUGGACCAUAAUGAUCCAGUUCAUUCACGGUGUGUUUUACCAGCACGAUGUCCAAAUUCACAUCACGAUGAUGGACUCGGAUUUCCAAAAAUUGGUAACCAACCGAAUCAGCCAAUUAUUACCAAGGAUAUUAAUCCGAUAAUAAAGGAUGUUCAGUCACCAUUUUAUUUCUCGCAUUCACCAGGUGUUUGGUCUAGGUGUACAGAUCCACUAAAGAAUUUUCAAGCAUGCGGUCCUGCAUGUCCAUUGGGCUGUGGAAGUCGAGUGUUUGGAAAUUGUAUAGCACAGUGUGUCCCCGGUUGCUUUUGUCGGACUCCCUAUAUUCUCCAAGAUCCUUCAAACGUGAAUUCACGAUGCAUUCUUCCGCAGAACUGCCAUAAUUCUAUUAUCAGCCAACAGAUAUGUUCAGAUCCUCGUAAACAUUGCACUCGUAGCUGCAAGAAUAUGAAUGCACAUUGUGCCAUUGAAGUUUGUUCUCCUGGCUGCCAGUGUCGUGAACCUUAUGUCCUUCUCGAUUACAAAGAUCCUAAUUCUCGAUGUGUUCUGCCAUUGGAGUGUACAACAGAAAAUAGAUGUUCCAACCCACUGAAGGAGUAUCAGAAUUGUGCGACUUCUUGCCCAAUCGGCUGUGAUAACCGAAAACCAAAAACUUGUACUCCUUGUGUAUCCGGAUGCUUCUGUAAACAAGGAUAUGUUUUCAAAAACGCUCUAAAUUGGCAAGAAUCAGAAUGUGUGCCGAUCAAUAAGUGUGAUGAAAAUGCAACUUUUCAUGAAAACUCUUCCUUGCCGAGCAUGAAUUUCAUAGACGAAAAUUCUUGCCCAAUUGCAUCUUCAGAUGCUGACGGAAAAUUCUGCAACUUUGAUUCAGAUUGUCCGACGCCACAGAAAUGUUGCCAUUCCUCUUUAUUCGCACAUUCGUUAACUUUGCAACGAAGAUGUACGUGUCCCGACCCGCACGCCGUGUACGAUUUCUGUGGUUCAUUUUGUCCUGAAUACUGUGGAAAACCGAUGGUAACAAGAUGUUCCCCUAGAUGUGUACCAGGUUGUCAUUGUGCACCAGGUUAUGUUAAAGCGCGCAAUGAUAUAGCUGCUCCCUGUGUUGCCAAGGCUCAGUGUUUUCUGACAGCGACUAUUGGUUCGAAACCUGCGAAUAUGCUCAAAGAUGAAAAUAACGAUGCAUCUGUUCAACUUAAUGGAAAAAAUAAUCGAAUUGUCGGUAAUUUUCUUAUUUCAAAACUCAAUACGACUCAUAUUAAAUUCGAAGGAACAAUAUAUGAAUUGCCCCAAGGAAAACAUACAUUAGCUAUCCAUAAUUCCGGUGAUAUCUCACUUUCAUGUUCGAAAGUUGGUGGAGUAUUAGACUGCGAUGGAAGCCAGAAUUCCAGUGCAAUUUUGGGUUCUAUUGAAGGAAAUUCGACAAAUAAAACUGAUAUAAGUAAGAUUUUUGCAAUAUUUCUUUUAUUGAUUUCUUUCAACCUCAAAUUAAUCUUAAUUAUAAAUUGGAAGUGA